AUGUCCACUCCAUCUUCUUCUCCUUCCACUCUUCCAUCGUCGUCGUCGUCGUCUUCUUCGUUCUCCAUCGCAAACGCCAAAUCCCGUCUUGCUUCCCUUGCCUCGCACAUCAUGGGCUCCUCGUCAGCCUCCCCCGUCUUUUCGACCGCCGUUGUCCCCUCCGCACCGGAGGAUCCGCUCUUCGGUCUCGCCCAGGCUUAUCGCCAGGACCCCUCCGACAAGAAGGUCGAUCUGGUCAUCGGUGCUUAUCGCGACGAUAAUGCGAAGCCUUGGGUUCUGCCUGUGGUCAAGAAGGCAGAUGACCUCAUCCGCAACGACCCCAACCUCAACCACGAAUACCUCCCAAUAAAAGGCCUAGCAGAGUACACCAGCGCCGCCCAAAAACUGAUCGUGGGCGCCGACUCCCCCGCCAUCGCAGAGAACCGCGUUGCCACAUUCCAAACCAUCUCCGGCACAGGCGCCGUCCACCUAGGCGCCCUCUUCCUCGCCCGCUUCCACCCAGCCUCCCCAAAGCCAACCCUCUACCUCUCCAACCCCACCUGGGCAAACCACCACCAGAUCUUCACGAACGUCGGCUUCUCCCUCGCAAACUACCCGUAUUUCUCCCCCCAGACGAAGGGCCUGGACUUCGAUGGCAUGCUGGGCGCGCUCAAGGCCGCCCCCGUCGGCUCAAUCAUCCUGCUCCACGCCUGCGCCCAUAACCCCACAGGCGUAGAUCUCACACAGGAGCAAUGGAAGGAAGUUGCGGUCGUGAUGCGGCAGCGCUCGCACUUCCCGUUCUUCGACACCGCGUACCAGGGCUUUGCAUCGGGUGACCUGGCGCGCGAUGCCUGGGCGAUUCGGUACUUCGUGGAUCAGGGGUUCGAGCUAUGCAUUGCGCAGUCGUUCGCGAAGAACUUCGGUCUCUACGGCCAGCGAACGGGCGCCUUCCACUUUGUUUCUGCGCCGGGUCCCGACGCAGCGCAGAGCUCCGCUCACGUUGCCUCGCAGCUUGCUAUCCUGCAGCGCUCGGAGAUCUCGAACCCGCCUGCUUACGGGGCGCGCAUCGCGAGCAAGGUGCUUAACGACCCCGAGCUGUUUGGCCAGUGGGAGGAUGAUCUGCGGACGAUGAGCGGGCGGAUUGCGGAGAUGAGGAAGGGGCUUCGGGAUAGGCUGGAGGAGAAGGGCACGCCGGGCACGUGGAACCAUAUCACCGACCAGAUUGGCAUGUUCAGCUUUACGGGGCUGAGUGAGAGCCAGGUUAAGGCGCUAAGGGAUAAGUGGCAUGUUUACAUGACCAAGAACGGCCGUAUCUCCAUGGCCGGCCUCAAUACCCAUAACCUGGACUACUUCGCCGAAGCUGUGGACAGUGUUGUGCGGGAGACGUCGUGA